AUGAGAAAGAGUUACCUUCACAAUUACAGGUCUUCCGAUUAUCUCACAAUCUCGAUGUUGAUGGCUGAUAAUUCUUCCGGCCAAUCUCUUUCUCAUCGCAAACCUCCAACAUCUUCUCCUUCCUCUAUAUCCACCACUGUUUCUUCUCCUAAAUCGCCAUUUCGUCUUCCUCCGAUUUCUUCAUCGGCCGAUGUAGCUAUGACGUCGAGGGAGGAGUGUAGAGAGGUUGAAAGAGAAGGUGAUGGUUAUUUUGUUUAUUGUAAGAGAGGAAGAAGAGAAGCUAGAGAGGUUAUAUCAAGUUGGACUCCAAUGAUAAUGUUAGAUGAGCAAACAAAAAAGUGCUAA